CGGAGAUUCUCAAAUGCUUCGUCGACCUCCUCUCUGCCGGACCGAACUCAGGAGCUCGAGAGCAUGUACGACUACCUGGCGAAAGUCAUCCUGGUCGGUCCGAGUGGCACGGGAAAAUCAUGUCUUCUUCAUCGGUUCGUCAAGGACGAGUGGAGGGUCUUAUCAUCUCAAACCAUCGGGGUUGAAUUCUCGUCGAAGAUCGUGAAAGUAGGCACUGGCUCGCGCCGGAAGCGAAUCAAGCUACAGCUAUGGGAUACUGCCGGCACCGAGAGAUUCCGAUCCGUGUCGAGGUCGUAUUAUCGCGGGGCCGCGGGAGCGAUUCUGAUCUACGAUAUUUCGUCGUACAGUUCCUUUUCUGCGCUCCCGACCUUUCUCAUGGACGCUCGUGCGCUUGCGUCACCGAACCUCACCGUUCUUCUGGCUGGCAACAAAACCGAUUUGCUGGAAGAUUAUGCCGCUGAAGAUAGUGAUGACACCGAGAGACCCCCGUCCACCUCGGUUAGUGUCUCUAGUAAACAGUCAUCGUUUGCCUUCGAAUCGAGCGCCGGCUCGCUCCGUUCUGUAGCUGGACCUAGCGCGGGAACCCGAAUGACUGCAACGACUUCUCCGCAUGGCCGUGAAGUGAGUGACUUGGAGGCUUUAGAAUGGGCCCGCAAGUCGAAUAUCCCCGUGGCAGUGGAAGUCUCGGCUCUUUCGGGGUUGAAUGUGGAGGAACUGUUUACUCGACUCGCCAAAAUUAUUUUAACGAAGAUUGAGCUCGGUGAAAUCGACCCGGAUGAUCCGCAAAGCGGCAUUCAGUAUGGUGAUGGUGGAGCGUGGUCUACGGGUGGUGAUGGAGUCAGUAUCCGGAGUGGCCUGACUGUGGAAGACAAUAGUAGCCAGAUACACAAGAGGCGCAGCACAACAAGGCGACAAGGUGGAACUGGGACAUGGACAAAUGGCAGAGAAUGGGAAGCCGUUUUUCGAAUACGUGGUGGAAAUAAUAGAGGCAAUAGGGGUUGUUGCUGA